UGUCCGGAGUCUUGUGCUGAAUUUUCUGGUGCACGUUUGGAGGAUUUGUUUGUUUGUUUCCUUAAAAUAAUAUGUGAGACUUUGUGUUUAAUUCUGGUGAGACGGGUUAGUCGCUAAUUAUUUUAAAAGCUCUGUAAAAACACAAUGGCGGCGGAAGAUACACCCUGCUCAGAGUUUAUAAACUGGGAGGUUGACUCUUCAGUUUGUAAUGGAUUCAAACACGAGAAGCAACUUUCUGCCCCACAAAGGAGAUACUACAGCUUCUGCAGGAGAAAGUCAUUUGCUGCCUUUGUGGCAUCCAAGAAGGACGGUAGUCACGAGGAAGGAAGCCCUUUGUGGUGCUGCUGCGGCCAGACGUUCAUCGAGCACGCCGCCAUUCACAAACACGUGGCCAGAGUGCACAAUGCUGAAAUACAGCAGCUCACACAGGACGAGUAUGAGCGUUUGUUGAGCCAACUGGAAGAAGAGCCCGAAGCAGCGCAGGUGCAGUUGAAUGAGCACAGUGGAGAAACGGUGGACGUCUCUGUGUGGAUUCCCGAUAUCAGCCACAUCUCUGAGGAGCAACUUAAAAACGGUCCAGGCAGGGUUCUGCUUUACUAUCACUACUGUCGCGUCGAGGAGCCACAUGUCAUCUGUGCUUGGCAGAAAGCUCUGUGUGAGAAACUCCACUUAACAGGCAAGGUGAGGGUGGCGACUGAAGGCAUCAACGGAACAGUUGGUGGCACCAACUUGGCCACUGACAUUUACAUGGAAGCAAUGCGUUCACAUCCACUGUUUGAGAUGGAUAAGGAGGAUUUUAAGACCAGUGACGGUGGCGCAGAGUGUUUUACAGAGUUGAAGGUUGGGGUCUACAAGGAGAUUGUACCAAUGGGAGUGGACCCUGAUGUUAUAUCUUACCAGCUGGCAGGAGUUCAUCUGGAGCCCGAAGAGUUUCAUAAAGAAGUGGAAGCUCUUCUGACUAAAGGAGAUUCAUGCAAUGACACCAUCCUCCUGGACUGCCGCAACUAUUAUGAGAGUAAAAUUGGGCAGUUCACUCAGUGCCUGGCGCCUAAUAUCCGUAAGUUCAGCUACUUCCCAGACUACGUGGACCAGAACCUUGAGCUGUUCAGAGACAAGAAGGUUCUGAUGUACUGCACAGGAGGGAUCCGCUGUGAGCGUGGCUCCGCCUACCUCCGCUUCAAAGAUGUGUGUAAGGAGGUUUACCAGCUGAAAGGUGGAAUUCAUAAGUACCUGGAGCGUUUCCCCGAGGGGUUCUAUCGUGGAAAGCUUUUUGUGUUUGAUGAACGCUACGCCAUCUCUUCAAACAGUGACAUCAUCUCAGAUUGCAGGUACUGCGGCCAUCCAUGGGACCAGUACAAGCUCUGCUCCACCCAGUACUGCUGCCAGCUGGUUCUGUCCUGUCCGAGCUGCAGACUGGACGGCCACACCGCUUGCUGCCCCACGUGCAUGACCAAAGGUCAGGCUCAGUCCGAGGAGACCUCACAUCAUAAAGAGGAGUGCGAGUGCACUGACGGACGCCCCAGAAUCCCUCAGGAUGUGUAAAAUGAUCAGACUUCAGUGCUUAAAAAUAACAUAAACAUAGUGUAAAAUGUGUGUGACAAAUUUUCAAAAUAGGAAAUUUUAUACUUAUGUAUGUGGGAAAUUAAGUCGGAUACAUUUUAACUAAUGAAAAUAUCUGCUGAACCUGUUUUUAUCAUGUGAAUAUUGUGAACAUUUUGUCACUAAUGAAAGCUCAACUUCAACUUAUUGUAUGUAUUAAUGUUUCUGUUUCGUACUUUUAAACUGUGACAAAUA